UUGGUGGAGGGGGGCAGCGUAGGGAAGGCCGCGGUCUGCUAUGGGCUGGCCGUGCAUAUGAAGAUAUACCCGCUGACCUACGCGCUGCCCAUAGCGCUCCGCCUGCAGAGCAAACCGUGUGGUGGGGAAAGGGCAGGGGGUGGCAGAAACCCGAAGUUUGCAUUCGUAGCGUAUGCCUGGCGGCUUUUUGUGAAGGUACUGAACCGCGAUGUGCUGCGUUUUGGGGCGAUUGCUGGAUCUGUGCUGGCUUCCUUGACUUUUGCAUUUUACCACCUCUAUGGCUGGGAGUUUUGGGAGCAUGCCUACCUCUACCACUUGACCAGGAGGGAUAUCCGUCAUAACUUCUCUCCCUACUUCUACAUGUUGUACUUAACUGCAGAGAGCAAAUGGAGUUUUGCCCUCGGACUCGCAGCUUUCCUGCCUCAGCUGCUUUUGCUCCUGGUUGUGUCCAUAGCGUUUUACAGAGACCUUGCCUUCUGUUGUUUCCUUCACACUGCAAUUUUUGUGACUUUCAACAAAGUGUGCACGUCCCAGUACUUUGUCUGGUAUCUCUGCCUUUUGCCCCUCAUAAUGCCUAGUAUUAAGAUGUCCUGGCGUCGUAGUGUGAUGCUUCUCUUUCUGUGGCUUGUUGGACAAGGCCUGUGGCUUGCUCCUGCAUAUUUUCUGGAGUUCAAAGGCUAUAACACUUUUUUACUUAUAUGGUUGGCAGGCUUGCUUUUUCUUCUUAUUAAUAGCUUCAUAAUUGUUCAGAUUAUUUCACAUUAUCAAAAAGAAGCACAUGUUGCAAAGAAACUCAAACAGUGGUAA